AUGCCUGCUCUACCACUCCGCAAAAUCGGUGACUCCUUCGUCAGUCCUGUAGGCUUCGGCCUCAUGGGCAUCGCCCUUGAAGCAGCGUACGGAAAGAUCGAGUCCGAUGAAGAGCGAUUCAAGGUACUCGAUGCUGCAUACGAAGCAGGCUGCAACCACUGGGACACGGCUGACGUGUAUGGCGACUCUGAAGAGCUUAUUGGGAAGUGGCUCAAGCAGUCGGAUAUCCCUCGCAACACUCUGUUCAUCGCUACAAAAUUUGGUAUCACCGCUUCUGGAAUGAUAGGCACGCCAGCGUACAUAAGACAGCAGCUGGAGAGCAGUCUGAAGAAACUCGGCGUUGACUACGUUGAUUUGUAUUAUCAACACAGAACGGACCCCAAUACUCCAAUCGAGGAAACGGUUACCGCGAUGGCGGAGUUGGUGAAGGAAGGCAAGGUGAAGUAUCUCGGACUUUCCGAGGUCUCCGCCUCCACACUAAGGAGAGCACAUGCCGUCCACCCAAUCGCCGCCAUCCAAGUUGAAUACUCCCCCUUAGUUCUCGACAUCGAGUCAUCCCCACCCAACCCCGCGGGCGAUCUUCUCAAAACCGCACGUGAGCUCGGCGUGAAGAUUGUUGCCUACAGCCCCCUUGCAAGGGGUUUGAUCACUGGCCAAGUGACCUCUCCGGACCAAUUUGAAGCAUCCGAUUGCCGCACAAGCAUCUCCAAAUUCUCUGCCGCGAACUUCCCCAAAAUCCUCGCUGUUGUGGAUUCCAUCAAGGCGAUCGCCGAGAAACACAUUGUCCCCAGAACUCCCGCGACAAUACAGCCUUUGAACAACACAAUGCCUGCGUUAGAGGAUGGAGAACGCCCAGCAUCUGCUGGGCAAGUCGCCCUCGCGUGGAUCUUGGCUCAAGGUGACGACUUCUUCGUCAUUCCUGGCACGAAGAAGAUCAGGGAUAAGUAUUUGAACGAGAACAUCCUCGCGUCGUACAUCUCGCUCUCGCCAGCCGAGGUUCAGGAAAUCAGGAAGAUUGCCGAAGAUGCAGAGAAGGGGAUCGAGGGAGAUAGGUUUAUGCCUGGUUGGGCUGGAUUCGCCUACGUCGAUACGCCGUUGCCGAAGUGA